AUGAGUCAGGACCAGGAAGAAGAUUACACAAAGUUAUCUUUGGAAGCGCGAAUUACACAUAAAGUCUGGAAGGCUCGGUUGGGUGCUUAUGAAGAAUUGAGUAAAAACUUUUCUCUUUCUGGCUCUCCAACAGAUCCUUGCUUCGAUCUUUGGGCCCGUCAACCUGAUUUAUGGAGAUCUGUCCUUGCAGACAGCAAUGUCGCAGCUCAAGGAGCAGGCGUUACUGCUUUCGUAUCGUUCUGUAAAUUUUCGGACCCAUCUUACAUCGUUAAAUGUAGAGAACUUGCUGCUGCUGCUAUAUCAGAAAAAUGCCUUACUUCUCGAGCUUCUACAAAAUCCGAUGCUGUUGAAGCCUUGAUGUUGAUGGUUGAAGUCGAUACAGCAAAUCCUGUAAUUGAUGCCCUUCUUUCUUCCUUAUCUGCACGAUCUCCUAAAGUUAUAACUGCUAACGUGUCGGCUAUUGCUGACUUGGUCGAGCAAUUUGGUACGAAAAUAAUUCAACCGAAACCAAUCGUCGCACAGUUAAAAUCGAUGUUUGGACACGCUGAUAAAAAUGUACGUCAAGAAACGUUUCGAUUAACCGUCAAUUUGUUUCGCUGGAUUGGGGAGCCUUUAAAAUUAUCAAUUUUUGGAGAAUUGAAACCAGUUCAGGUGAAAGAGCUUGAAAGCUCGUUUUCGAAAUUACCUACUGAUCCACCCAAACAACAGCGCUUGUUGAGGAGUCAAGUUUCUGAGCAAACGGAAACUGCUGAAGAUAACGAAAAAGGCAAUGGCGGCGAAAUCAAUGAGGAACCAAACCUUCAAGAGGAAGAAGAUGAAUUAGAUUUAAUAGAGGAGGUGGACGUUAUUCCCAAAAUUGAUCCCAACUUGGAAACCGUAAUGUCCUCGACAAAGUGGAAAGAGCGUAAGGAAGCUCUUGACGCACUCGUCCCAGUCCUUAGUCAACCAAGAAUUAAGGAAGGAGAUUUCUUCGGUUUGGUUGCAUUAUUAUCUAAAUCCAUUGUGAAAGAUGCCAACGUUAUGGUCGUAAUGAAUGCAGCGAAUUGUAUAACGGUAUUAGCUAAAGGACUACGUUCAAACUAUUCUAAGUACGCCAUUACUUCAGUUCAAGCACUUUUGGAACGAUCAAAAGAAAAAAAGCAAAAUGUUGUAGAAACAUUGUCUUCAGCAAUGGAUGCUGCUUGUGACACGAUACCCUUUAAUGAUGUUAGUGAACCCAUUUGCGCUUUCUCUAAUAACAAAAAUCCUCAGAUUAAAAUUGCUUGCUUUACUCUUUUAACCCGCUGUUUUCGUAAAGUGCCUCAAUAUCCUUCCAAGUCUAGCGUUGAAUUAUGCGCCAAAUCUUGUGUUCCGGGAGUUUCAGACACAUUCGAGCCAGUGCGUUCUUCAGCAGCCGAAGCCCUUGGAACUCUCAUGAAAUUGGUAGGAGAGCGCCAGUUAGCAAUACACAUGGAAUCUUUGGACGAAAUACGAAAAUCAAAAAUUAUGUCCUUUUUUGAGUCUGCUAUAGUUAAGGCCAAGGCACCCUCAAAAACGAAGCCGGCACCCACAGCUCCAAUUAAGAAGUCUGAUACUAAGCCAGGUUCACCUCCGAAACUGGAAACAGCUAAAAACCCUCCCUUGUCUACAUCCUCUGCUUCGACUGUAUCAGCUUCCCCGAAAAAGAAGACGAAUAAUGAGAAACUUUCUUUAAACAUGGAGAAAUCAAACGCGUUCGAAAAUGGCCCUUUAAUGCCAAGGCCUACAACUAGACCGGUCGCGCGUGGCCUUUCUCGCAAUUCACCACUUUUAAAUAAGCCCGCUCUGAAAUCGACAUCACCGCUACCUGCGGGAACCAUAAAUCAAACGGUACAAGGAAUAAAAAACAUGGAAUUAGACGAUGCAGCACAUCAGCCUACAAAACAUUCAAAGACAUCCCCAAGUCACCUAGAACUGAAAGAAAACAAUGGCGGCUCAUUCGAAGAAAUCGCUUCUUUAAAUGAAGAGAAUGAGGAGCUGAAAAUACUAUUAUCUCUCGAAAGAGAAGAAAAAACUCGUUUACAAAGAGAGUUGGCCGAAGUUAAGAAGGAACUGAGUACGAUUCGUGAUUUGCAGCCUUCGUCUCCUUUGAAUGAUCGAAGAUCUGCUUUUUUACGAAGAGCUAAUUCCGAAAUGUUAGAUGCAUCGACAGGACCAAGCAAUCGCAUUGACCUUUUGCAAUCUCCGUUAGGAAGAGCAAGGCCAUUAAGUUCUACAGGCUUUACCCAACACUCACCACUGGCACUUUCUAAAUCAGGAAAUAAUUUUUCGUUUCAGAAAGAUCCUCCAAAGCAGCCAUUUUCACCUCGCUCAAAUACGAAUGCUGAGUGGAGUAAAGCAAUUGAUUUAACAACGAGGUUGAAACAAAAAAUCACUGAAAUGAAACAAACGGAUAUCAGACAUCAGGGAACGAUUCAUUAA